UAAAACUGAGUCUCAAACUAAGGUGGGUGCCGACGAGGUGCUGGUAUGUUUGGACCCAGAAGGCAAGCCUACAUUCAACAGGCUGGACAAUCUGGCAGCAUUUCAUCGUCGACACUUGCAGGUUACCUUGGAAGUGAUGAUCCCUCGUUGGGCAAACGGAACUUCGGACUUUUGCUGUUGUUUGAGAUGUUACCUGAUGGAUAUACAAGCGCUUGUUGUUCUGGGAAUCCAUAUCCACCGAAAUUGAACAUAAUUCGCCUUUGUUACUCAUGAUAUCCAUCUGUCCCAUGACAGUUCGUAAAUGAUAUAAAAAUUCAAUCGGAGCUCGGGGGGAAAAUCAGCGGUGACUUGACGUUGCGGGGAGAUUAUCAGAUCAACGCCGACAGAUAGACGGAAGGACCAACCGGAUAUCCGACACCGAUACAAAAACACAAAGUCAUAUAUAUAACGAGAGCACAGAUCAGGGGUCAAAUGAGUUUGUCCUUUUUCUUUCGAUUCCGUUCAGCUGAAGAUGGGUGAGCAGCGUUAUGAAAUUGAGAAGAGAGACAUAACCGCUCCGCAAGAUUCUAAAAUCCGCGAGGAUAUGGAGAAAGGGUUCGAGCAAACAAUGGAAAGCGAUGUGGCCCCAGUGAAGCAAGAAGCACCGCCAACCGAACACGAACUGUCCAUGUUCGAACAUACCUCGACUCGACAGUCGACCCACUCUCAACGACCGCGCUCCACUGUGGAUAGAAUGGAAACAGAAGUUGGAUCACCGCCUGAUGAGCCAAAGUCGCAUUUCCUUGAUGGGAAGGGAAAUCUUUUUCGAGCGACGUUCAUCACCACUGCAUGUGCUACUCAAUUACUGAGUCAAGCAGGGAUAGGUAUGGUGAUGAUACCCCUGCAUGUUAUCGGAGAGAGUUUAGGGACAGAUGAUAAUGGGCAAAUGAGCUGGAUGGUUGCUAGUUAUGGCUUGACAGUUGGGAUGCUAUUAAUCAUGGCGGGGCGAUUGGGUGAUUUAUAUGGUCCAAAACGCUGGUGGAUAAUUGGUAUCUCUGUCAUGAUCGUCACAAACAUUGGUACGGGCUUUUGCAAGACACCUAUCGAGUUUGACAUCUGUCGAGCGUUAUGCGGCAUAGGAUGUGCUUUAUCAGUGCCCAACGCUCUUGCGAUUCUGGGACGGACAUAUCCCCCUGGCUUCACCCGAAACAUCACAUUCGCCCUUCUCGGUGCCCUUGCCCCCGUAGGCUUUUGGUGCGGUGGUGCUAUCGGAUCCAUAUUUGGUCAGCUGGUCAAGGUUGGAUGGAUAUUUUGGUUCACCGCAAUGUUCACCGCCAUAUUUCUGGGUGUGGGGAUCCUUGUCCUUCCUCCUGACGAGCCCCAUCCAAACCCCUCUGAACGGCAUUUCGACUGGUUAGGAGCUGCACUCUUAGCCCUCGCUCUUGGACUGUUCAACUUUCCCUGGAACCAAGCUCCUCUGGUCGGAUGGCAAGAACCCUAUGUCUACAUCAUUUUCAUCAUCUCCAUCUUGUUUUUCGUCGCGUUCUUCUUAUGGGAGAAGCAUAUCGGAUUGGGAGCGUUGAUCCCGAUAGAAGUAUUGAAAAAAGACAGUUUGCUGGUGUAUUUGUGUUUGUGGUUGGGCUGGAUGAGUUUCGGAACGUACCUGUUUUACCUCACGUUCUUCCUUCACGAUAUCAGAGGCUACACCCAUCCCCUCACCGUCACCGCCCAAAUGUUCCCUCUCGUGCCUGGAGGCUUCUGCGCCGCCCUUCUCGUCCCAUACCUCAUCAAGAAAUUUCCCGGGCACAUCAUUUUUCUCUUCGCCAUGUUUGGCUUCAUGUGUGCCAAUCUUUUCAUGGCGACAGCGCCUGUGAAUCAAGUGUAUUGGGCGAACACGUUUGUGGGGAUGCUGUUGGGCAUGUUUGGACCAGAUUUGAGUUUUAGUACGGGCCAGUUGAUCGUUAGUAAUUCAGUGGAUAGGAAUUUGCAGGGUAUAGCAGCGGGGAUCGUGAGUAUGAUCACCAACUAUUCCCAAUCAAUAGGGCUGGGUAUGACAGGGACGGUAGAGUCAUACGUGAGAGGGCCUGGCACGACGUAUGAUGAUUUACUAAAAGGUUAUCGGGCGGCCUUUUACUUUGGGACUGGUAUGGCAGGAUUUGCCGUUAUUGUUGUUGCUCUUUUUGUGAGAAUGCCAAGGGCGCAUAAAUCAAGUGAUGUACAUUAGGGAUCUCUCACAAUAAAACUAUCAUAUCAUAGCAUGUGUGGCAUGCGAAAUGGAACUGCCUACGAUAACUUGUA